UGUGCUGUAGAACUUGACCCUGGAUUUAUUUUUGGAGAGUGAAUUCCUGGAUCUAGCUUUGCACCGUACUGGGUUGCAACCGCCUGAACCCCAGGCCUGCCUCACAUGGUUUUGGGGAAAUUUGUUUGGUAAUCAAAUGGUUACUCUAAAUGUAAUCGUAGGUCAGAUGGAGUGGAUGCAUUUGUACACCAGGUUCUUCUGUUAGAAGCCACAGACCUUUACUGGGGAAAAGGAAAUGGUUGUCAUCGUUAGUCCCCGAGCUGGAAAAUCCCUGGUGACCCAGGUGUGCUUGGAGAAACACUCGCCUUCGUUUCCCAGCAUCUUAGCAGCCGUCCCGGUAGCCUGUGGCCUGCUGCCACCGGACUGCACUCCACAGCGUUUGUUGGAGAGAUUUGGCUUCCGACCGCUCGCUAGAUAAGUGGUCCGGACCGAAGUGCAGGAGGCGCCAGGAUGCUAUCCGAUCUAUCCUGCAGUCUGCAGUGACGCCACAGCCUGCACACUGUCCCCCAAGAGCCAGCUAGCCAUUUGCCUGGGUGCUGCAUGGACCCUGGCCGCAGCUCGAGGUCUCCCGAGGAGGACCCAUCCACCAUGCCUGAAGUCAAAGACCUUUCGGAAGCCUUGCCAGAGACGUCGAUGGACCCCAUCACGGGAGUGGGGGUGGUGGCCUCUCGGAACCGAGCCCCGACAGGCUAUGACGUAGUGGCGCAGACGGCAGAUGGCGUGGAUGCUGACCUCUGGAAAGACGGCUUAUUUAAAUCCAAGGUUACCAGAUACCUGUGUUUCACGAGAUCCUUUUCCAAAGAAAAUAGUCAUUUAGGGAACGUGUUGGUGGACAUGAAGCUCAUUGACAUCAAGGACACUCUGCCUGUGGGCUUCAUCCCGAUUCAGGAGACGGUGGACACACAGGAAGCCGCCUUCAGGAAGAAGAGGCUGUGCAUUAAGUUUAUCCCGCGGGACUCCACGGAAGCCGCCGUCUGCGACAUCCGGGUCACCGGCCGGGCCAAGCAGGCCCCUCCCCAGUACACGUUCAUCGGGGAGCUGAACAGCAUGGGGAUCUGGUACCGCAUGGGCAGAGUGCCUCGGAAUCACGACUCCUCGCAACCCACGACGCCUUCCCAGUCAUCGGCUGCCUCCACCCCGGCCCCCAACCUUCCCAGGCACAUCUCUCUCACUCUCCCCGCCACCUUCCGGGGCAGGAACAGCACUCGGGCGGACUAUGAGUACCAGCACUCCAACCUGUAUGCCAUAUCAGCAAUGGAUGGCGUGCCUUUUAUGAUCUCAGAGAAGUUCUCCUGUGUUCCAGAAAAUAUGCAGCCCUUCGACCUGCUGGGAAUCACCAUCAAAUCCCUGGCGGAGAUUGAGAAGGAGUACGAGUACAGCUUCCGCACGGAGCAGAGCGCCGCCGCCCGGCUCCCGCCCAGCCCCACGCGCUGCCAGCAGGCGCCCCAGUCCUGAGGGCCGGACGCCGCCUGCACCUGCGGGGAGGAGACGCGCCGGCCCAGACUACUGAGCGCCCCGCCCUCGCCCGCUCCCUCCUGCCCGCCCUCCGCAGCGCCCCGCGGGGCUCGUCUGGGAGACGGCGGGCAGCCGAGCGCCUCCAUCCCCGGUCAUCGGCUGGCCUGAAGUGACAGCCCGUCUUCCCGGGGCUGUGGUUCCUAACCUCGACUAACCCGUGUGCUAUAGUGACCAGCAGCUCCUAACAUGUCUGUGAUGAGCCGCCGCCCUCGAAACAACCCCACCCGCACGGGAGUCGCCCGAGGGCCUGGACAGCUGCUCGGGAUGCCCGGCGACGCCACCAGCUCCCCUCACUCCCGUCACCUGCCACUAAGCCACCGCCGUCCUCCUGGAAGACCCUGAGUGGGGGGCAGCUUUGCACAAGACCCUCCAGGAGCCCUGAUCACCCGGACCCGGGCUGCCGUGGAACAAGCCCCUCGUGCCAACGGCAUCGGGUGCCCACAGCGUUUCACGCCAGCCCUAGGGGAUGAACACAGGAGGAGGAAGCCGGCGGCCCGAGUGGACCCAUGCCCGGCCCCUGCCCCGCUGUGGAUGUCCUGUGCUCGGACCUGUGACCGGACUCACACACUGGACGUCCUGGGGUCAGGGGGCGGCAGGACCCAGCUGCCAGCACAGGCGGGACUUGCUCUCUGGGCAGUAAGGCCGAGUGCCCGGCGCUUGCUGCCCAGGACGCCGGGCUCACCCACUUCACACCCGCUUCCCCACAAAGGGCUCGUCUCUGCAGCACCCACGUGCCAUCAGCAGUGCCAACGGCUCUGCCCGGUGCUGUGAGCCAGCGCCCGGCCCGGAAGGACCGCGGCAGGUGCUCACCUGGCUUCUUGGGGCCAGGCCGUGUCCUGACGGCCUGUGCGCCUCGAGGUAGUGGUUCUGACAAGCUCGUCCCAUCCCAGUCACCGACCGGGGCCAGCACCGACAUUUCUGCCACUCCCGGCCACUGGACACAGUGCCAGCUGCCAAGCUCAACUCCCCGCACGUUUGCCAUGAGAACAGGGGUUGCUGCCAUGUGUGGGGGCUCGGGCCCUUCCCCCGUGGCUGUUGGCGUCUCCCAUCUCCGGGGGUCACCAGAUGGUCGGAGCUGUGCACAGGUUUGCCAUGGGGGGGUGCCGUGGAGAGCAGUGAGGUUCCCCCACCAGGAAGGUGGCACAGGAGAGCCACAGCCAGGGACAGGCCCCUCCCGCCUGCAGCCCCCGGGAUGGCACGCGGUUAGCUGGGUGGCUGGGACACAGCGGGAGCAGCCAACAGUCUGGGGGGUGGCCCCCAGCUGAGUGGCAGGGCA